CGCGCCCCGGCGUCCCGCCUCCGUUGCCCCUGGCGGCUGUUUGUUGACUUCCGGGAACGCGGCAUUGCCGAUGUCCGGGGAGUCGCUAUGGGGGUCUGGGGGGCUUCUGCGGCCCGCUUUGGGGCGGAGAAGCUGCCGUAGACCCCACAGAGGCGCCCUCGCCACUUUCCCGGUUCAGACGCAGGCUCUCCGCUCCGCCUUCGGCAUGGGGGAAUCCGAGGAGAUGGUGCCCAGUUCGGGCGGUGUGUUUACAUUUGGAAAAACCAAAUUUGCUGAAAAUACUCCCAGCAAAUUCUGGUUUAAAAAUGAUAUGCCUACAGUUCUUUCAUGUGGAGAUGAACACUCUGCUGUAGUCACAGGAAAUAAGAAACUUUACAUGUUUGGCAGUAACAACUGGGGUCAGUUAGGAUUGGGAUCAAAGUCAACUGUUACCAAGCCAACGUGUGUCAAAGCUUUAAAACCUGAAAAGGUGAAGUUGGCUGCCUGUGGAAGGAACCACACCCUAGUCUCAACAGAAGGAGGCAAAGUGUAUGCAGCUGGAGGCAAUAAUGAAGGACAGCUGGGACUUGGUGACACGCAAGAGAGAAGCACUUUUCAUCUAAUUAGUUUCUUUACUUCUCAGCAUAAGAUUAAACAGCUCUCUGCAGGAUCGAACACCUCAGCUGCUCUAACUGAGGACGGAGAGCUUUUUAUGUGGGGUGACAAUUCCGAAGGGCAAAUUGGUUUAAAAGAUAUAAGUAACGUGUACGUCCCUCAGCGAGUGACCGUGGGGAAGCCUAUCUCCUGGAUAUCCUGUGGAUAUUACCAUUCGGCUUUUGUAACAACGGAGGGAAAACUGUACACGUUUGGAGAACCAGAGAGUGGGAAGUUAGGUCUUCCCAAUCAGCUGCUUUGCAACCACAGGAUGCCCCAGCCGGUGCCUGGAAUUCCUGAGAAGGUGGUGCAGGUAGCUUGUGGUGGAGGGCACACAGUGGUUCUCACAGAGAAAGCCGUGUAUACCUUUGGACUGGGACAGUUUGGUCAGCUGGGUCUGGGUACUUUUCUUUUUGAGACUUCAGUACCCACAGUCAUUGAGCAUAUAAAGGAUCAGAAAAUCAGGUCCGUUUCCUGUGGAGAAAAUCAAACAGCUUUGAUAACAGAUAUAGGUCUCAUGUAUACUUGUGGAGAUGGUCGACAUGGAAAAUUAGGCCUUGGACCGGAGAACUUUACCAAUCAGUUCACUCCCACUUUGUGCUCUCAUUUUUUGAGAUUUAUAGUUCAAUUGGUGGCUUGUGGUGGAUGUCACAUGCUAGUUUUUGCCAUUCCGAGACUUGGUGGGACAGACGAAAUUGAGUUACAGAAAAUAAAGACUUCUUCCUUCCCUGCAGCGACUUCUCUGUCCCUCAGCAGCCUAAGCUCAAGAAACGUUCUGCACAGAAGUCUGUCAGCACGUAUGCGGCGAAGAGAGAAGGAGAAAUCGCCCGACUUUUUUCAGACGACACGAACACUACCUCCUCUUGAAGGGACUCCUGUGGCACCUGUUUGCUUUCCCCCCGUUCCUGGUCCUUUCCGUCUGCCUGCAAUUAAUCUGCCAGAGAAAACGACACCUGAAAAGGACCAUUCCGUGCAACCCCUGGAGCCAGGUUGUUUUCAAGAUAAAAUGACCCCAGGGAAAGAUACAGACCUUUUUUCAGCAACAGAUUCAGAAAGCCUUGGAGAAACUACUGAUGUCUUAAAUAUGACACACAUGAUGAGCCUGAAUUCCAAUAAGAAGUCAUUUAAAUUGUCACCAAUUCAAAAACAAAAGAAACAUGCAACAGUCGAGAAACUCAAGCGGCACACAGCUCACUUUGAAAAUGAUGGUAGUAAAGAGCGUGCAAGUGAAGAAACGUCCAAAACGGUGGCAGAGGGGAAAGCAUAUAGACAGCUGGUGGCACAGGGAAUGUACAUGGUGCCAGCAGUCAGGACCAGGCGCGCGUUUUCAGACAAGGACUUAGGUGAGGAGUCGGGCCAGCCGGGGCCUCAGGCCUACACCCAGGCCGAGAAGGUGCGCAAAGAGGUAUUUAGACCGGAGAUCAAGCACAGCAUUUACCCACCUGGCAGGAAGGAGAUAGAACAGGGAAGUGUUAGAAGCCAAACUCAGAAGGAUUCAGAAGCAGAAGAAGCAGUGUCUGAGAGAGAGCCUGAGCUGCUGGAAAUGGCAGGUCUGAAGGACAUGAGACAAAAUGAAGAGAAUUUAAGAAAGAUUAAUACGUUCUUUGACAACUUACCAAAUAGAGACGUGAAUAAUGAGGAUGAAGAGAGUAAAAGCUUUGUUAAGGACAGUAAGCGGAACAUGCAAGAUGUGGUCUGUGCCAGUGAAAGAGAGUCUGGAGAGGGGCCAGACAGUUACGCGGAUGGCGACAGUGAAAGCCAGCGAGGCGCCGUUGACGGCUUCGAGCUGCCCGAGUCAGUAGAAUUCAGUAGCGGAGAGGAGGAGGAUGCAGUGGAACCUGACCCUAACGUGUGGUAUAGCAGGAAAUUUACUGAACAAGGACACGAGGAAGACACUGGACACAAAAUAUCCAAACUCAUGGCAAAGUAUUUUAAGUGUGACUACUUGUCAGAGAUCCCAGAGGAACAGGAAGGAGUGGAGGACCCAGAAGGAAAUGGAGUAGAGAAGCAAGAGGUAGGCACAAAAGGGGAAAAUGUGAAGGUGCCGGCAAGAAGAGGGGGGGACGCAGAGGUGCUGUCAGAGGGCCUUACAGACAGAACAGAGGAUCUUGAAUUUUCAGAAGAUGAAGAGCUAGAGGAGAUGAGUGAAAUUUUUAAGAAUCUGGAAGGCAAGCAAAAAGUUCCUGCAGACAAAGCACAUGACAGCUCAGUUGAAAAGGACGAGAAAACCAACCAAGUGGAAGGAGCUCUUUGUGGAUACAAUGAAAACCCAAAAGGGAGCAUGUAUGACCGUGCAAAGAGCAGUUCUCUAGAAGUCCUGGAUGACCCUGAAUCAACAAGAAAACACCUAAAAAAACCAAGGAAGAUUUUCCUCUAUAAAAGGAUGUCAUUCACGAGUCAAAAAAGUAUGCAGAGUAAUAAUGAGCCACUCCCAGAGAUAAAACCAAUAGGAGAUCAAAUAGCUUUUAAAAGCAAUAAGAAAGAUGCCAACCAGAACCACAAGGGGAAAAAUCGUCAGGAUACUUCACUCCCAAGUAUGGCGAGAAGGUCAAAAUCUUGUACGAUACUGUGAAUAUACAGUCGUGUCUCCAUGGUUACCAAGCAUGUUGUAACUUAUACUUGAAAACCAUUCUGACUUCUGAAGGAAAGUUUCUGGUAACAAACCUUUCAAGGCAGAAGUUAAUCGUAUGUUUUAUUUUGAAUGUUACAACCAGUUUUGGUGUUUAUUUAUGCUAAUAUUUUUGACCAGCAAUUUCAAAAGAUGUGUAUCUCAAACUCUCCUUCACGUUCUGUGGCCUUAACUGUUCAGUGUUGCAUAAAAUAUAUAUUUUUAUAUAUAAAACUAUUAAAUUAAGAUACUUCAUAGUUUUACUGAACAGUUUAUAAUUUCAUAAGGCAAUGUUUGCAAUCUCAUGACACUGUAACAGUUUUUAAUGUAUUUGCAAUUUUUCAAAACUGAGUCAAAAUUGUUUUUGAUGAACACAUUUUAAUAAACUAUAUCUGGUCACUUCCACUGGUUAAAUGUGUGACUA